AGAGUUCAAUGUAGUACAGUAAAGCGCGCAGCCGCAGUGGGACCUGUGGCAGUCGAAGAGGAAAUUCGCGCACCGUUGGAAUCUCUCCCGUAGUUUGCGCCUGGAUACAAUCAUCAUAGCAUUUUAUUUACAAUAAGGCAGAGGCGAAUAUGGCGACGUUGGGACCAGACCCCCGUCCCAAUUCCCAGCUCGCUUCUGGCUCGAUACAAAGUAACAUAAACGGUAAUAACCUGCCUCCCAACCGCGGCUUGGAAAGAGCGUUGGAAGAAGGAGCAAACUCCGGGUUUUUGAACCUCAGCUCCAGGAAACUCAAAGAAUUCCCAAGGACAGCAUCAAACUACGAUUUAUCGGAUACAGUGGAAGCAGACCUGUCAAGGAAUCGUUUGGCGGAGGUCCCCUUGGAGGUGUGUCACCUGGUCGCCUUGGAAACAGUGAACCUCUAUCACAACUGCAUAAAAACCAUUCCUGAUAGCAUUAUCAGCCUCCAGUCGCUCACCUCUUUGAACCUCAGUCGGAACCAGCUGUGUGCUCUGCCGCUGGGCUUGUGUGAGCUGCCCCUACGAGUCCUCAAUGCCAGCAACAACAAGCUGGUGUGUAUACCUGAGGCCAUCGGACAGCUCAAGAGCCUCAUGGAGCUGGAUGUGAGCUGUAAUGAGAUCACUGCUCUGCCCCGUCACAUUGGCCGACUCAAGGCCCUGAGAGAACUCAACGUCCGCAGGAACUUGCUCUGUGUCCUCCCCGAAGACUUGGCUGAGCUUCCCCUGGUGAAGUUUGACUUCUCAUGUAACAAGGUGUCUACCAUCCCAGUGUGCUACAGGAAGAUGGCCCAGCUACAGUCACUCCAGCUGGACAACAACCCCCUACAGAGCCCCCCUGCACAGAUCUGCAUAAAGGGCAAAGUUCACAUAUUUAAGUAUCUGAGUAUCGAGGCAUGUCGGAGUGACAAGAUGCCUGAUUCUCUCUACCUGCCUGCCAUGGAGCGCCUCAGCCUAACACAACCUGCUGUUGGCAGCUCAGAGGACAUUGACCAGACUAAGAAACAGGACACUGACUCAGGAGUUGGCAGCGACAACGGGGACAAAAGACUGUCUGCCACCGAGCCAUCAGACGAGGACAGCCUGAGUCUGAAUGUCCCCAUGUCCCACAUCACCGAGGAGGAGGGGCUGAGUAAAGACGACUCCAGUGAACACAUCAGCGCUCUGACAGCGGACCCACUCGGGGACGAGGUGCGACUGAUAGAGGAGAGCCCCACGGAGGCGCUGAAGGACCUGAAGGAACAGUUGAGCUUCAGAAACUCGUCUGCCCUCAGCAAUCGCUUCGUCAGCUACAUCAAGGGUCGGUCGUCAGACUACGACGAGCCCCUCAGGAUAGAAGAAGACGCACACUGGGCCUCGGAACAGACGCCAAAGGUCACAGAAGGAACGCAUAUUGUCAUGAUCAACCAGUUGAAGGAGGCUGUGGAGCUACUACAAGAUCCUACCAGAGUGAAUAUGGAGACGGAGGACCUGUCUGGAGUUCAACUCUACCCUGUUGAGAUGGUCAUGGUGGAGGAGUCUAUCAAUGGCCAAGAAAGUGACGACAGUGAAGGACAAACCACACCGAAGUGGGACACACCCGCUGGAGGCUUUGAGUUCCAGAAGAAGCGAGAGUUCAUUCUAGAGAGGGCCAGGCUGGAAGCCCAGCUUGCAUGCCAACAGUAUGAGAGACAUAUGUCAAACCAGGGAGAAGACCGAUUUCCAGGCAGCGGUUCCACUUUUACACCCCCUCCCUUUGGGCUGAAACCCCGCUCGGCCCCUGCCUCACUGCCCUGCUCGCCCCCACCCUGUCUCCGCCCCCUCCUUACACAGGCUCUGUCCGUCCAUAAAGACACUCCCCCUAGACCAGGCGAUGGAGGCAUGCACAGCAGUGUGUUCCUGAGGACCCACAAGAGCCUGGAGUCCGUGGACCCUCAGUUCACCAUGAGGAGGAAGAUGGAACAGUUGAGAGAAGAGCUGGAGCUGAUGGAACAGCUCAGAGAGAGCAUAGAGAGCAGAUUGAAGGUGGCUCUUCCUGAAGACCUAGGCUCCUCCCUCAUGGAUGGGGUGGUACUCUGCCAUUUAGCCAAUCACAUUCGCCCACGCUCUGUGGCAAGCAUCCAUGUGCCCUCGCCUGCCGUGCCCAAACUCAGCAUGGCCAAGUGUCGGAGGAACGUGGAGAACUUCCUGGAUGCCUGCAGGAAGAUGGGUGUUCCCGAGGAUAAGCUGUGUCUGCCUCAUCACAUACUAGAAGAGAAGGGUAUGGUCAAAGUGAGCAUGACGGUCCAGGCGCUGGUGGAUGAGACUUCAACCAAGCAGGCCCUCUUCACGUGAGAGGAAGGAAACCUCCUCACUCGCCCAACACCAACACAGCACUCAGUUCAGGUUUCGUUUCAAGUGAAAGAACGGCUGACAUUGUACCUCCUGAAUUGGUCUUUUCCAAGGGACUGUAGUCUUCCUUUUAUUACGACCACGUUUUGAGGUUACACAUUAAUGCGCAAAGUGCCCUGAAAAUACAUUAGUGGGAUGUACCAAUGCGGAUGACAUAUGCAUAGAAAACCGGUGCGUCCACGAUGAUGGUUUUUAAUUAUUACAGGAGUGCCCUGAUGGUUUGUGGGAGCAUUCAGCAAACAUGGACACUCCAGUAGCAUGAAUCCUGGUCACAACAUCUUCCAGCAUACCACACUGCACAUUUGACUCAGCAUUUUACUGACAGCCAUCUUCCAGCCAUCUAUUCCAAAGGCUAGGAAUAUUUAGUACCCUUAGUAACAACAAUAAUACCUGAGACACUAAACCACAAACACUCUCACAAAGCUCGGUCUCCGCUAAAGCUUCCCUAUUUAAAGAUAUUUAUAAUGAAAAUGGCCAUGUUGUACACAUUUAAAAGAAUCCCAAAUAUUUUUCUCUAAUAGGUAAUAUAUUUUAGGUAUUGUACUGUAUAUUGUAUGAUGUUCUACUUUGAAUUGAUCUCACAUUACAUUUGUAGGUGGUUGAUGUGUUGACCUAAGACUAUAGGAACUUGUUGGUUUUUGAAUUGGGAGCUUUGGGUAUGUAACUCAGGGUAGGUGUGGGUAUUCUGCACUGUCAUUCUUCAUUCUGUAAACUGCUUCGGUCUGGUGUUUCUACACAAACACACACACACACUUCUGUACUAUUAAGUACCGGAAAUCCUCACAGAAAUAGUAACAUAUGAAAAUUCCAGAAAAAUUAGGACAGUUGUUUGUUUUAGGGUUUAGAUUUGGUUUAGGUUUAUGGUCUCGCAGAUUAAGAGUCUGAUUUUAAAAGGGAAAACCUUUGACCCAAAGUCCUCACAAGUAUAGUACAAUAAUGGCUGUUUUAUAGUGACAGAGACAAGAGAAAUAGAAUGAAAAGUGAGAAGGGGGAUGGGCUUGUGUGUCCACAUAAUAUAAUAAAUAACUCCUCAAAGGUUGUGGGUAUAUGCUGACCAUGGUAGAUCUAUGUACCUGAGAUGUAUUCACUGAAAUAAAGACAUUGUGACUAUAUUACAAGGACAGUGUUAGCAGAAUAUGGAAAGUAGAUGCGUGAGUGCCCAAUAUCAUACCACUACAAAAGCUAAAAAUUACAAAAUAAGGGUGUGUUGGCUUUUAAUUGUACAUACAUGAAUUUAAUACAGCUUGGUAUCCAAAGCUAAAGCCUUAACAGUAAAAUCAGUUUUUCACUGGAUAGAUUUGACAGUUGCCAACAACAGCUUUUUUUCCAGAGCUGCUUGUGAAUUUAGUAAGGUUUUUGUAUAUUAGGUUUGUUUUAUUCCAAUAAUUUAAGUCUUAAGGUGUAUUGUAGGUAUUUAUCAGAAUGGGUGAUGUCAAACUGUUAUGUGAUGAGGGUUUUUGCAGUUGGAUUCUAUUUUUUGAAAAUAUUGUACUAUUAUAUUUGACAGCAUUACUAAUAGUUGUUUGGAUACUUGUAAUUUGUAUGGGAGUUAAUAAGCCACACUCCUUAGGCAAGGGAAACAAUUUCUAGGAAUCAGAAUAGUGAGGUCAAUUACAGUAAUACCAUUUAUACUGUAUAUAUAAUGAAGGUAAUAUUAUGUAUAUAAUACAGUAUUGUGCAUAUACUUUUGCACAGUAAUCCUACCUUAAUAUCAAUUAGAUUAAUAUUAAUUUGUUUCCACCUAGCUAAAAAGAACUACUCAGGCACCAAUAUAUGACUACCAGUACACCAGUUCUACAUUACCUUACACGUUUUCUGAUGAAAGACAAGGGACUUAAGGAGAAAAUGAGGGUAGGCUGUUAUUUUCCUGAGGAAUUAUUAGUUUAGAAAUGUAAAGGAGGGAUAAUUCACCCAAAAUACAAAAUGGUACCAUUGGUGUCCUUACCCUGUAAGCGGUCUAUUGACUAAAUAUGAUGGGAAUAUGCGCUUUGGUUUAGUUUCCCUGGCAUUUUUUUCUUAAUGCUAGCAUU